UUUAUGUGGGAUUUCAUUCUGUCUUUUUGUUAAGUGUUUUUGUACUUUGUCAUGUUGAAGUCACUGAACCGUGUCGAUGUUAAGAGUUAUUGAGCAGACUUCAGUAUUGUCAGUGCAGCAGCUGUAACCAGGAACGCUCUGCACGGACAGCGGCAGCGUGAGGCGUAGUGUUUAAAAAGAAAGUGAUGUGGAAUUACACAACUGAAUGCUAGAGGCUGAAACACUGGGAAGUUGGCGAGAGAGACUUCUGUGAGACUCCAUGUGUUGUUAGAAAUAUAAUUUAAACUAAAAAAAUAAACAAGUUUCAAUAGUAAAGUUUUUAUUCGUCUACGGGAGGUAGUGCUAGUUGACCUUUACAAACGUAAACAGAGACCUUCUGUACCACUUGUCAUGUGACGUCUACUGAUAGUUAUCCUGCUUUAGCAGCUGAUCGCUGAUGGAGACGACCCAUUUAUGCCAAGUGGCUAACAAAGAGCAGUGGCCCGUUUCGUAGUUUGGGAUUACUGUAAAGUUUUAACUUUUAACGUGAGAGUUUAACAAUCAGAUAUGUCGUUGAACUGUACGGCGGCCUUGCUGCCGCAUCACCAGAAAAAGCCGACCCUGGCUGUCCGGCCACGACCGAAGAAAUCCUUGACCAAUGGAGUGGACCCAGGGACCUUAACGACUUACUCCUACACCUUCAUGGAAAACAACAACCGUAGACCAUCCAGACCAGUGAUGGCCUCGGGACCGCCCAACUAUAAAGUAAUUCUGUGUGGAGAAUACGGAGUCGGCAAGAGUUCCAUAUUCCGCAGAUUCAUGAACGACACAUUCACCAUGGAAACAGGAAAAAAGUCGACAGUUGGGCUGGAUCAGAGUAGUCAACUAUUUAAAAUUAAUGGAAUGGAUGUAAAAAUGUCGCUGUGGGAUACGGGAGGUAUGGAGAGGAUGAGUUUCAUUGGGUCUAGUUAUUAUCGUGGAGCGAACGCGGCCCUCCUGUGUUAUAGUGUACUCAACAAAGACACGUUCACUAUCCUGUCACAGUACAUCCUAGACAUUGUCAUGAAUGCUGAGGGUGCCAAAAUAUUCCUGUGUGGAAACAUGGCCGACUGUGAUGGUGAUGACAAGGUCACGGAGGCUGACAUUGAGAAUUUUAUCCGUGAGUGUGGUGACGUGUUGUCCGGUGUGUAUUCCAUUUCCUGUAAGGAAAACGAAGGAGUUUAUGACAUGUUCAAAGACAUGGCACGUGUGCUGCAUGAGGAAGCGAUGGGGCGCAUGACUUUACGAAAGGAGCUGCAUGUGAUCCGACCAGGUGAAACUCCAGAGGACACGAAUCAUCACAAGAAAAAGUGUUGUAGUUCUUGAUAGGGGUGUCUCAGUCAUAUAUAUCUAUAUAUUUUGUGCAUAUCUAUUCAUAUAUAUAUGCAUACAGGAAAAUAUAUUUCAUACGGGCCUCAUGUGCCUUUUCAUGAUACAAUCAGGACUAACAGUGAACAAGUGCCUUCCAAUAUAAGGAGAAUGCCAACAAUGCCAUCAACACAAGCCUCUGCCUCUAUACAGUCAGCCUCUAUACUACUCGGAUAUUGGGAUAUAAGGAACUUUAACAGGAUGUUUUAUCAAGUCGUGUCUUCUGGAACAUCCAUUUGAUCCAUUAGAGAUAAAUUCAGUUUCAAAAUUGAAAAAAAAUGUCUUUAAAAGGUUAUUGACCUCGAAAUCUGUUGUGAUGAAGGAACACCAUCUUAGCUGGUUUAUAAAUUCUGUGUUCAGUCACAGGCCAUCUAGUACCUAUCUCCUGAUCUGAGGGUUCCCAUAUGUCAUCAAAUGUUUAUUUUUGUACAAUCAUCAGUAAUAAUCAGGACAGCUUUACAUUAUAUAAUCUCCAGCUUUACAUUGUAUACUUCCAUACUUAACAAUGUAUAAUUAUAUUACAAUGUAUAAUCUCAGGCUUUACAUUGCACUGUAUCUGCUCCGAAUUUAUAGGUCCAGACUGUAUAAUAUCAGAUAAUAUAUGUUGUAUAAUAUAAGGUUUUACAUUGUAUGAUAUCCCACUUACAUUGAAUAAUAUCUGACAUUUUUACAUUGUAUCUCAGACUUCCAUGUAUAAUCUCUGACUUUAGAUAUUGUAUAUUGCAUUUGGGUAAUAUCAGAUUUUACAUUGUUUAAUAUGAGACUAUACAAUGUAUAAUCUAAUACUUUAUAUAGUGUAUAAUAUCAGAUUUUACAUUGUAUAAUAUUAGACUAUACAAUGUAUAAUCUAUUACUUUAUACAUUGAAUAAUAUCAGAUUUUACAUUGUAUAAUAAUAUGAGACUCUACAAUGUAUAAUCUAUUACUUUAUACAUUGUAUAAUAUCAGACUUUAUAUUUUACAAAAUGAGACUUUACAUCAUAUAAUCAAUGACUUUAUACAUUGUAUAAUAUCAGAUUUUACAUUGUAUAAUAUAUGACUUUAUACAUUGUAUA